UCCACAGAUACUCACUCACCAUGAUCUGCAAACUCUUCGUCUUCGCUGCCAUCCUGGCUUUCGCCGCCGCCUCGGCCAAGCCUGGCUUCCUCGCCAGUGCUCCAAUCGCCGCCACCUACGCCGCUCCGGCUCUGGCUUACAGCGCUCCAGCUAUUGGCUACAGCGCCCCAGCUAUUGGCUACAGCGCCCCAGCUUUCGGCUACAGCGCACCAGCUUACGGUUACGGAUACGGACUUGGCCGUAGCUACGGAUUUGGAUACCCAUACGGUUAUGCUCGCGGCUUCUACUAAACAGUUGCUAAAAAAUGAUACCUACAUGUGUACAUAUAUUCCGUAUGAAGCUUACAAAAAAUCUCCAAAGGCGGCCCGAUGAUCAACAGUUUUUCAAGAACCAUAGACUGUGGAUUGAACGACGUAUAUGUUAUCAUACACUGUGAUGCAGAAAGCGUUUUAAUAAAAUAAAACAACUUUUCUAAUAUCAAA